AUGGGGGGUCGUCCAUUUGCUAUAGCUGAAGGAGCGGAUUUUAUGUCUUUCAUGGAGGAAGCUGGGAUUUUUGAUAUAGGAUUCUCAGGAUCUAGUUUCAUGUGGUCUAAUAAUCGACGGAGAAGAGCUCGAAUUUCAAAAAGAUUGGAUAGAUUUUUAGUCAAUGGGGCUUGUUUAGAUAUCUCCGAUGCCAUUUCUGUGCUCCACUUGACAAGACACCCCUUGGAUCAUGCUCCGUUGAAGAUUUCGUUUGCUUGGAAUCAAGAUGUUGAUGGAUUUUCGUUGCGAGUUUUAUGCUCUAAAUUAUUGGCAACGAGAAGGGCUAUUCAAUCAUGGAACAAGCAACACUUUGGGAAUGUCAUAGACUCUGUGCGUUCUGCGGAAAUGGCGGUACAACGGGCAGAGGAGAUGGUUGAUCAAGAUGACUCCGAGGAAUGCCAGAUUGAGCUAAACAAGGCUCAAGCGGAGCUCCAUCAUGCAUUGUUAAUUGAAGAGCAGUUAUGGAGGCAAAAGGCUAGAGUCAAAUGGCUUCAAGAAGGAGACAGAAAUUCAAGGCCCUUUGGAUUCAUAUUCCAAUAUGUCGUACCUAAUCCUGCAUAUGGUUUCUUGAGAGGAAAAUGGGAAGCUGGAGUCAGUGCCUACGAUCGAGGAGGUAUAUCGAGUAAUAAAAACAAUGGAUGGGGAUAG